GCGUCACUGUAAUAAUGGAGGACUGUCUUUUCUAGCCGGACUGAUGUUGUCCGUAUUGGAACUCUGUUACCUGUAAUCGGAGAGCAAACAACUCCCCUUCAUUUCAGCGUGUAGUUGAGGUCACAAUAACACUCCCAAGAUGACCACAGACACGCCAGCCCAAAGUGUGGGCUGCAGGGUAAUGACAUUCACCCCCUCCAAAGAGGAGUUCAAGGACUUUGGACGUUACAUUGCCUUUAUGGAGUCACAAGGGGCGCACAGAGCUGGGAUGGCAAAAGUUAUUCCUCCUAAAGGCUGGAAACCCAGAAAGACUUAUGAUGAUAUCGAUGACCUGGUGAUUCCCGCUCCCAUCCAGCAGGUGGUUACCGGCCAGUCAGGACUAUUUACACAGUACAACAUCCAAAAGAAGCCCAUGACUGUCCAUGAUUUCCGCAAGACCUCUAACAUGGACAAAUUCUGCAGCCCACGAUACGUGGAUUUUGACGAGCUGGAGAGGAAGUUUUGGAAGAACCUGACCUUUAACCCUCCACUUUACGGUGCUGAUGUCAGUGGAACGCUAUAUGAUCCAGAUGUGACUGAAUGGAACAUUGGUCGUCUCAACACUAUCCUGGACAUUGUGGAGAAUGAGAGUGGCAUCAAGAUCAAGGGUGUCAACACGCCGUACCUGUACUUUGGGAUGUGGAAGAGCGCCUUUGCGUGGCACACAGAAGACAUGGAUCUAUAUAGCAUCAACUACCUGCACUUUGGAGAGCCAAAGUCCUGGUAUGUCGUCCCACCAGAGCAUGGGAAACGGCUGGAAAGGCUCGCCAAGGGUUUCUUUCCAGGUAACGUCCAGGGCUGUGAAGCCUUCCUGCGCCACAAGAUGACUUUAAUUUCACCAUUCAUCCUGAAAAAAUAUGGCAUACCAUUUGAAAAGGUCACUCAGGAGGCCGGGCAGUUCAUUGUGACGUUCCCGUUUGGUUAUCACGCUGGUUUCAACCACGGCUUCAACUGCGCCGAGUCAACAAAUUUUGCCACUCAACGAUGGAUCGAUUACGGCAAACAAGCAACGCUGUGUUCAUGCCGGCAGGACAUGGUGAAGAUCUCCAUGGACGUAUUUGUACGCAAGUUUCAACCUGAACGUUACAAGCUGUGGAAGGCAGGGAAAGACAACGCUCCCAUCGACCACUCCAAGCCCACGGCAGAGGCCGCCGAGUUUCUGAAAGAAGACAAAAAGAUCGAACCUUCAAAGGAGAGUCCCGCUGAGGUGCCAUCCGAGGAGCCCAGCACUCCUGUCCAGGAGGACAAAAGUCCAGAGCCUCAAACUGGGACUAAACGUCAGCUUGAAGCUGUCAAAGCCUCUGAAGAUGUCAAACCUGAGCUGCCAGUGGUGGAGGUGGAGCCAAAGGAGGUGGAGGUGGAGCCAAAGGAGGUGGAGGUGGAGCCAAAGGAGGUGGAGGUGGAGCCAAAGAAGGCCAAGCUGUCACGUAAGGAGUCUCCAACUAAAGUGACCAGCAAGGCAGAAAAAGACACAGUGAAAGUCAAGGAGGUGAAGAAAGAGAAAGGGACCAAACCCCAGUCUAAAUCUCAGUCCAAAGCCAAUGCCAAGAAAACUUCAAACAGACGAAGUCCGCUGAAAAAAGAGAAGAACUGCGUGGUGGCUAUGGAGGUCUUUCCUCCCGAGCCCACUGAGAACCAGGUGGUUUCUCGGGGGUCUCAGGAGACCGGUGGAAGCGAGGAGCCUCCACUGGACAACAGCUGCAGCAAAGUGUUUCAGAGGACGCUGAGUCCCGCAGACGUCCUGCACGUCCACAGCUAUGCCAAAGGAGACUACGGUGACGGAGAAGUGCUGUCCAGAGAGGAGAAGAAGAGUGAGGAUAGCGACCAUGAAACUGAGGAGGACAACUGUCAUGUUGGCAAAGCAGUGAGUGGACAUAUAUUUAACAUUCAGGUGGCAAAAGUGAUGGCAGGAGUUCGAGAGUUUGAGACUGACCUUGGGCAGCUUCCAGGACACCAUCCACUCAUAAAAGACGGCAUGAGUGAUGAAGAGACUCCAGAAGAGCCGCCCCCAGUGGAGGCAGGGGGUGUGGAGGGCGAGGGCUGGGCCAAGCCUCUGGCUCACCUGUGGCAAAGCAGGCCACCCAACCUGAAGAAAGAGAGGGAGUACAACCAGCGAGUAGGCUCCAAACCUCCAUACUGCUCCAUCUGUUUGCUCUUCCACACGUACCACCAGACUGAAUGUGCGAACAGCAUCGACACGCACGUCGUGGUGGCCGGGGAGCGGAUGCGAACCAAACCUCUGAUUCCUGAGAUGUGUUUCACCACCACCACAGAGGACGACGCUGAGUGUGAAGAGCAACCGGUCACUCCUCGUCUGGAAGAAGAUGGAACCAGUCUCCUCAUCAGCUGCUCACAGUGCAGCGUGAGAGUUCAUGCAUCCUGUUACGGUGUCGAUCCAGCCAGUGUGAGCAAGGAGUGGAAGUGUGCACGCUGCAAGGCCAACGCCAUGACUGAGAAUUGCUGCCUGUGUUCAUUGAGGGGCGGAGCUUUGCAGAAAGCCAACAAUAACAAGUGGGUACACGUGCUGUGUGCGGUUGCUGUGCUGGAGGCACGCUUUGUCAACAUCACAGAAAGAAGUCCUGUGGACUUGAGUGGGAUCCCACUGCAGAGAUUCAAACUGAAGUGUUACUACUGUAAAAAGCGGAUGAAGAAGGCGUCUGGCUGUUGCGUGCAGUGCUCUCACGGGCGCUGCCCCACCGCCUAUCACCCCACCUGUGCACAGGCCGCCGGGGUACUGAUGCAACCAGAUGAAUGGCCAUUUGUGGUACACGUUACCUGCUGUCGACACAAAGGUCCCGCUCAGAUUGAGCGCAAUAAGGCAGCCAUGCACGAGCUGACCGUGGGACAGAAGGUCAUAUGCAAGCACAAGAACGGGCGCUACUACCAGUGUGACGUGGUGCAGCUGUCCAAAGAGACGUUCUAUGAGGUCAACUUUGAUGAUGGUUCUUUUAGCGAUAACCUUUUCCCCGAGGACAUCGUGAACCGAGACUGCGCUCAGCUUGGACCACCACCGCAGGGUGAGGUGGUUCAGGUGAGAUGGACGGACGGCCUGGUGUACGGGGCCAAGUUUGUGGCAGCUCAUGUCAUUCAAAUGUACCUGGUGGAAUUUGAGGACGGAUCACAACUAACAGCCAAGAGAGAUGAUGUCUACAGUCUGGAUGAAGAACUCCCCAAGAGAGUUAAAACCAGACUGUCGAAAGCAUCGGACAUGAGGUUCGACGGGAUCUUCGAGGAGAAGGAAAUCAUUCAGGAGUCAAAGAGACAGAGAGUAAUCAACUCCCGUUACAGGGGGGACUACAUCGAGCCUGUGAUUUACAGAGCCAUCAUGGAGUAACGGCCACUUCCUGUCUGCCCACCCACUCACCAGCAGCACUGACAGACUGAACUGUGCUCACUGUACCUUAACUUAGCAGCUAGCCGCAGAGAGAGUGUAGCUCCAGAUGACUUCCUUCAGGACCCGCUUUGGACUGUUCUCUUUUUUACUCAUCUGUCUGUAAGUCGAAGAAACGGCAGUAUUGUUUCAUUCAGUUUUUUCCAUACAAGUCCACAGGCGGGCUGAAUCCAAGCCCAGCAGCACGCAUCAGAAGGAAGCAAUACAAAAAAGGCAUUACAUCGGUCAAGUAGCAUUUUGACACAAAGAUGUCAAUUUAAAAAAAAUUGAGGUUUUCAGUCUGCUCUAAAUAUUUCAGUCACCUUAGUGUUAAUCUACGUUUAAAGCAAACUGUCAGCUUUAUUUCAUUUCUGUCCUUUACCAUUAGUGCCUGUGAUACACGGAGCCCGGCAAGUAACAGGUCAGCAACUCUUUAUACGCUCGGAUUUACAGUUUCUGAAUGUCUGAAUUCAUUAGAACUACCAGCAAUAUCCAAAAUGUUCACUCUUAAAUUUCACCGAUAAGACUUGAGGGUAUGAUUUAUUACCCUACACUCGACUGUUUUGUAGCACAGGAACAAACACGCCUGACUGCAGAUCCUCUGUGUUUGACCUCUGCACCCGGGUUUCCCACUGGUCCAGGACUCUUCUCUACAGUAGAGAAAAACCAAAACACUCAGUUGUUCCAAAAGUUGGACUUACUGAAGGAAGUGCGUGUGGAAGGGGCUAGUGCUAUAUGUGCACGCCAAGAUUUCCUUCACAGAAAUAUUACCCCAGUUACUGGUUCUUAAAUAUGUGAUGGCGUCACUGAAGCCAGGGCCACAUCAGUAGGCAAGGCUACUUCUGAGCAGCCCUGACAGACUCCAGGGGGAGGCUCAGCACUUCCUGCUCACACUAAGAACGAGUAUCUUUUUAAAAUGAUCACAGACAUACUUCUCUUCUUAAAGAUCAUUUAUGGAGAUGUUUAACAUUAAAUGCAGGAAUCUUCCAUUUUUGCUGACAGCAGCAGCUUCUUUGGGGGAUUUUGUGUUUAGAGUUGAAACUAUUGCAAAACGAUUGUAUUUUCACUGGUGUAGAAUCAGCUGACGGCUUCCACCUGCUGUUAGCUGCAGCAGUGGAAACGCACAGAGAGACAUCAAAAAUCUUAACGUUUACAGUUAAUUAUUUAAGGUGUCAGAUCUAAGAGCUGAAUUAACUUUUUUUUUACCAGUUACUCAAAAGAUUAGUUGGUUAAUUGUUUGAGCUUUUAAAAACUUUACCCCUGAAACUUGCCGGGUUUCAAACUUUGAGGAGGUUAGACUGAAAUACUGCCAUGCUAAUCUAAUUUAACACAACUUACUUCCACGCAGCAGGAGCCAGCACCAUAGUGUUACAGAAUAAACAGGACCCCCUACUUCACUAAAAGUGGCAAAUUCUUAUGAAGUUGAUCAAAUUUGCCACAAACCAUCAGACUUUCAGCUUGUGAGGCUCAUGUACUACCAUAGAUUGUAGUCACAGAGGAAACCAUUUGUUUCCUUAAAAGAUGCAGGAGUGACGUUGAAGAAUCAGGACAGUUCCUAACCUUAGAAGGUUCUUCAAGCUGUCCUGAUGGUAUUUUUAAAGGUUUAAAACCUUUAGAGAAACUGUUGAUCUGUGACGUCUGUGACAGAAACCUGAACUGAGGCUUCAGGGCAAAUGUUCACUUUAACAAGCAGGUAUCAGACCUCGCUGACUGCCAGAUUUAUUACUCGGGGCUACAUUUGUGCAUAAUGUAAUUCAUCACUCAUUAACAAGCUAAACUAGCCAAUUGGUUGAUCUUCUUCCAUUUGGCAUCCAUAGAUGUAAAUGAUUUGCAGAGUUGGAGAAUUAAAUUUCCCAAUAAUGACAUUUGGAAAAAUCCCCAAACCAAAAAUCCCCACCCCCCUUUAACCCAAUAAAAACACGAGUCUAUUAAGCCACAGUGCAGGUUACACAGUUACUCUUCAUUGGCAAACCUUCCAGCACAUCUGAACUGGUGUUCAGUCCAACGACACUCUGAUCACCUCUUUCUCAAGUGGUCUUGUUACAAGGAGAUUAUUUUAAACAGCAACCUCAGUGUUUCUCUGUAAUGCAGCUUGAAGGCCCGAGUUUCUGUACCGAUACUUAAUCAGUACUUAAAAACAACUAAGACCAACAAAAACUUUGCCUUAAAUCUGUCAUUUAUAAACUGUCAAUAACCUAUAUUUUACUCUGAUCAGAUGACUCCUAAUCUGAUGGGUUUUUACACACAUAGUGAGCAUUUUUAUGGCGUUUUGAGUUCAGUAACAGCAGUAAACUAAAUAUUUUCCACUACAAGUACUUGGGGACAAAUAAAUAACAUAUCAGUGAAGUCUGUUGAUUCUCCAAAGAGCCUCUUCCUGUGGAUGGACUUUGGUUUCAUUGGACUGCAGCUGGUAGUCCUCGUUCAGCUCUAACAGCCUCAGUGAGCUGUAUGUAGUGGCACAUGAACCAUUACUCCACCUUCUACUGGUUCUGGUGUCCCUUCAGCUUGCAGUAGAUCUUCAGACCAAAACAACCGUUAGCGUCAGCAGCUGCAGUCCAACAGCAAAGCUGGAGUCUGUCCAGCAGGAUGACAUCCUCUGUGGAGGAGCAGCGCACUGAUAUUUAGUACAACAACGACCCGACCUGUGAAGCCGUCAGGAAGGGAAAACAAGAUAAACAGUAGCAGCUGAACUUCUUAUAAUAAGGGUGAGAGGACUGUCCCAGUAAAGGUGGCCAAAAAAUAAAUUAAAUGCUUAAAUUUGUCAAUAAAUAUACUUAAGCAACACGACCAAGUAAAGUUUAUAUGUGGAAAAGACUAAUAUGUGUAAUAUUUCAGAGUUCAGAGGAUUUUACGGCACACUUUGAUGCUGUUUGAAAGAAUCUCCCUGUAACUUUUCCCAGCAUUCCCGGCUGCAGGGAUACAGGAAUCGAUGACAUAUUUCUCUUUGGGAGCAGUGCCAUUUAAUCCACUGAAAUUGCCUCCUUGUCAUUAACUGCAUUCCUUUACAUUUAGCAGAACUGAAAUUCGCUUUUUCAUGUUUUUACCUGCCUAUUUAUUAAAGGUGCUUUGAGAAAGCAGCCUCUGCAUUAAUAAGAGUCUGCAGUGACCCUGCAGCCGUCGAGGUUGACGAUGUAUGUUCUAUUUUUUCUACACUAUAGAGAUGAAUUUUAAAGAGUCCAUUUGGAUUUUUAAUGCGCUUUGUUUCCUCUCUCUCCUACUGAAAACUGUGCUUUGCACUUUUAUUUAAAUUUGCGAGGACAUUUGAACAGCUGUGUGCUAAAUUUGUUAAAAUGUUUAAGAAUGUUAAUUGUACAUUUAUAAGAUGUCUUAUGGAUUGUGUGCUCCCCUCCUCCUCCCGGCCGAGCCUCGGGCGUCACAGUCCGUCUCCAUCAGUCCGGUGCAGAAUGAAUUUAUUUUAUUCAGAAACUAUCAAAAGAGUUUUACGAGAGCGAGUGGGGAAGGGGAUUUUUUUUUUUCAAUUCUGUUUUGUUGUUGUUUUGUAAAAGCUGUUCUGUGUAAAUGUCAUUUUAAGAUGUUACCUGUCGACACAGGAGAGACCGGUCCACUCUCGUCGUCUCCUCUUGAAGGAAAAUAUGAAAAUACUUCCAGAUUAUCAUUGAAACAUUUUGUAAAAAGUCGUGUUCGUUUCAGUAAAGAAAUCUGCUUAA